CCUCUGCCGGAGGAGUCGCGCCAGACACGCGGGUCUAUCCAGGGCCAGGUCACGGUUAAUAUCUGGGAGAAGAGAGGAUCCGCCACAUCGGCUCCAGCACUUAGUCAGAGCCCGAGUCAGCGAUGAGCGGGGCCACGAGGUUCAGGCAGUGCGGCUCGGUGCUGGUGACCGGAGCCAGCCGCGGCAUCGGCCUGCAGAUGGUCGAGAGCCUGGCCGGAGGAGGCUUCUCCCCGGGGAAGAUUAUAGCCACGACCCGAAACCCCGGUGGCGCCCAGAAACUUCAGGAUCUGGCUCUGAAACAUCCCAACAUCCACAUCACCACUCUGGAUGUGCUGAGCCAGGAGAGCAUAGAUAAAUGUGCAGAGGAGGUGAGCCGGCUGGUGCAAGACCAGGGUCUGAACUGCCUGAUCAACAAUGCAGGGAUUAAUGUGGUGGCCGACUUUCACUCUGUUACUGCCGACAAGAUGAUAGAAAACUUCCACACCAACGCUGUGGCUCCUCUAAUGAUCACCAAGGCCUUCCUCCCUCUGCUAAAAGCAGCUGCGUCCAGAGGAGGAGCAGGCGGCUCGGGGAGCAUGAGCAUCCAGAGGGCAGCAGUCAUCAAUAUGUCCUCUGUGCUGGGAUCUGUGGAGUGCAACUGGGGGGAGAGUGCAAACAUCAAAUGGUUCCCCUACAGGACCUCCAAGAGUGCCCUGAACAUGGUGAGUCGCUGUAUGGCUGCAGACCUGGAGCCGGAUGGGAUUCUCUGUAUGGCCAUACACCCAGGCUGGGUCCGCACUGACAUGGGGGGGUCCCAGGCUCCAUUGAGUCCAGAGGAGAGCACCUCCUCCAUGUUGUCUGUGAUUGGAGGCCUGAGUGAAGAGCAUCAUGGGUCGUUUCUGAGCUUUACUGGGGAGGUGCUGCCCUGGUAAACCCGCACAUCACCAGUAAUGAGUAUGGUGAUUAUUAGCACUAUUAACUUUUGGCUGAUAAGUUAGUUAAGAUCAUCUUCAACUAUGCAAAGAUAAAUCUGUUACCGGCUCAGAGUUUUUCUUUCAUCCAGCUCCAUCUGCUGGAGGAAAUCUUUCAUGGUUCAUUAUAUGAGAGGGUUAGUGUCCAUUAGGCCUGUGACGAUUCUCGAACCAAUACAGACCAAUACAAUGUCCAGUAAUAAAUUGUUAUAUCCCUUGAUGUGAAAACUGGAUGAAAGCGUCAGCUAAAUGAAAUGUAAUGUAAUGUAAAAACUGCUACAAAAUUAACAUGCUUAAUAAAAGUUUGUAGCUCUAAAUAAA